AUCCCAAAAUAAAAAACAAAGUCUGAAGAAGCUGCUCAAGCUUAGCGUGAAAGUUUUGAUGUGGGGAAAGCCGCCGUCCCUGAUUCGGGCAUGAAAAUUUGUGUUCGAUGGAGCAAAAAUAUCCAGCAAUGAUGUCUGUGCCAGUCAAUUUCGAAGGACCACACGUUUUGAGUGGAUAAAGAAAGCCAAACGGGGAAUAAUCGCUGAUCAUACAGCUGGCUGAGUGUACCCAGGGAAAGUUUUCUUAAAGCAUUCUAAUGCUGAGCAGAUUAUGCUACUUCCCUAAGCCAGGAACAUAUAUCGCUUCGUAUCCCUUCUGGACGUCUGGAAACCAUGGAUCGUUAUCAGAGCACGUUUAUCUCAGAUUAAUAGCGAGUCAUCCUGAGGAUUUGUUAAGUGUCACAACCGAACGUCGGAGGGCGAAAAAUCAUCGGAUUCAUGUGGACGCCAAGAGUAAUGCGAAGAAAAUUGUCCAUCUUUGACUUAGUCCCCCGCAUUGCUUUGCUUCGUUGUAGUAAGGCGCCAUCCAUCUGGACGGAUUGGAUCUUUGUGAGGUUUAAGCUGGGUUUAAAUUGUGAAGCACAGAAAAUUUUACGGUUAGUUCAAUGAGCCGCGAAAUGCCGAUUGCUGUUGCAUAACACGACCAUACUCUAGGAGGAAAAUUGGAACAACCUAAAAAAAAAUAAACGUUAAUUGUGUAACUGGAAAAUGAACAAUGGAAACAAGAGCGAGGGAAUCUUCCAUAAGAUGAACCCUUAUUGAAGCGCUAGGCGAGUGAAAUUGGUGAAAAGUUCAAAAAGAAGUCAAGAAAUAAUUAAAAGGAGAGCGACGCAUGACGGUGUUAAAAAAUUCAGUCUAAUUUAGUGAACUGAUAAUUAAAAGAAAAUUACCGAGUGCUAUAGGUAUACUACAAAGUGCGCAGCAAGGCGAAGAAAAAAAAGAAGCAUAAAAAAGGAUCACAGAAUUUUCUACAACUAGCAGUAGAGCAACGCUGAAGUGAGUGGUGGUGUAAAAAAGAGCAGUAAAAAGUUUUGUGCAAAUUAUAAGGGUGGCAAAAGGAAGGAAAGCUCCAAGUUUGGUGGUCUACUUUUACUACUUUUUUUUGGUGAAAUUCUCUUCAUUGCUCAGAGAGGGUUGUAUUUGGUGAAGAAUUUUGAAAAGUGCAAAGAAGAAGAAAAAAAUAUCAAUACAAAGUGGUGGCAUUUUUCUUACCUAUCUUGAUACUGAUGUUGAGCUGUUCAGCUGAUGGUGAUGGUGUGGGAAAAAUUUUCCUGUCCUGCGGUAGUGUCCAAGUGUUGAAACUCUUGCCCGGCAACGAUGUGCUAUUGCUUCUAUUUGUGCAGCAUCACUUCUCUGGGAGCAGCACUCGUCAAUAGGAGCAAGGACUUUUUUGAGAGUUAGCGGCCACAGGAUGUCCACAGCCAAACGGCUGGUGCUAUCGCUCAGAGGUCGCAAAGAAUCCCAAGGAAGUGCCGCCGGAACGUCCUCAACCCGACUGGUGUCGGCCAAUAGCACAUCCCCCGGACACGAGCUGGACGAAAUCGCUGUCGUUUCCGGUGGAGCAGAAUCGAGUCACGUCUCUUACGGUAGCCUCUCGCUCGGCCAAACGACCAAUGGGCCACGCUACAUACCAGAUGAUGAUGGCAAGGCAAGUUUUGACGAGUCGAAACUGUCGCGGCAUCAUUCGCACUCCCUCAACGGCACGGAUGCGGCCAUAAUGCAUCUGGCCCCUCCACCCCCAGAAGCCCUCGGGUCAGACUUUAAUACCAUUCAAUCGUCCUCGGAACAACACAAUCGAAACUCUGUGAGCCGUUCUAGUCUCAUGGAUAUCGUGAGUGCCAAGCUAGGAAUGUCCGGUCCCCAGCUGGGCCAGAGCAUCUCGCAGCAAGGAUUUUUCUCGUCCCGCGAUAGCCUGUCAGCAUCGGGCACCUCGCGGCCCCUGCAUUCCCAUGUGUCGGCCACCACCUCGGAGAUGGAUCUGUCCCGGAAGGACCGGAAGCGGGAACGGAGCAAGCUGAAACCCGGUGACCAGUCGCUGCUCGGGACGUGGACUCGAAGUGGUCCGCGGGAAUCGGCCACCCACGUAACAUCGGCGGCGGCGGCCGCGGCAGCUGCUGCGGCUGCCACCCGAGCCUCCACCAACCAUCUGGCCACCCCCUGCGGCACCGGAAGCACCUGCAAUGGAGCGGACCGUUACACAUUCGGUCGACGGUCCGGCUGCUCAACAUCGUCCCGCAAAUCGAACGGGCGCCGGUGGUCCUUCGUGUUCGAUCCGGCCGGCCGCCUUUGCUACUACUGGUCGAUGGUCGUCUCGAUGGCCUUCCUGUACAACUUCUGGGUCAUCAUCUUCCGGUUCGCCUUCCAGGAGAUCAACGGCGAAUCGAUCGUGCUGUGGUUCUGUCUGGACUACUUCUCCGAUUUUUUAUACCUCGUAGACAUUCUGUUCCACUUCCGUACGGGUUAUCUCGAGGACGGCGUUCUGCAAACCGACUCGACCAAACUGCGGCAGCACUACAUGAACUCGACCACGUUCUACAUAGACUGCCUUUGUUUGUUGCCGUUAGAUUUUUUAUACUUAUCGAUAGGAUUCAACUCGAUACUGAGAUCGUUUAGGCUAGUCAAGAUUUAUCGAUUCUGGGCCUUUAUGGAUCGCACCGAGCGGCACACGAACUACCCGAAUCUGUUUCGUGCGACUUCGCUGAUCCACUAUCUGUUAGUUAUAUUUCAUUGGAACGGUUGUUUGUAUCACAUAAUCUAUAAGAAUAACGGUUUCGGCUCGAAGAACUGGGUGUUUCACGAUUCGGAAUCGGCCGAUGUGGUGAAGCAGUAUCUGCAGAGCUACUAUUGGUGCACGCUGGCCCUCACGACGAUUGGGGAUCUGCCGAGGCCUCGCUCGAAGGCCGAGUACGUGUUUGUGAUAGCGCAGCUCAUGUUCGGUUUAAUGCUGUUCGCGACUGUCCUGGGCCACGUGGCCAACAUCGUCACCUCGGUCAGCGCCGCCCGGAAGGAGUUCCAAGCCAAACUAGACGGUGUCAAGACCUACAUGCGCAUGAGACGGGUUCCCAAUCAUCUCCAGGUGAAAGUGAUCAAAUGGUUCGACUAUCUCUGGCUGACGCAGAAGUGUUCAGACGAGGAGAGAGCUGUAUCAUGUCUUCCUGAUAAAUUAAAGGCUGAAAUAGCUAUAAAUGUUCAUUUAGAUACACUUAAGCGAGUAGAAAUUUUUCAAAAUACCGAGGCGGGCUUUCUAUGUGAGUUAGUGUUAAAGCUAAGACCAGUCGUGUUCUCCCCGGGCGACUUCAUCUGUCGGAAAGGUGAAGUCGGCAAGGAAAUGUACAUAGUCAAUAGAGGUAGACUCCAGGUCGUCGCCGACAACGGCAAAACGGUGAUGGCUUCCUUAAAAGCCGGCUCGUACUUUGGCGAGAUCAGUAUCCUCAACAUGGGUACGGCAGGUAAAGCGCUCGGAAACCGAAGAACGGCCAGUGUCCGAUCCGUGGGCUACAGCGAUCUGUUUGUGCUCAGCAAGAAGGACAUGUGGGACGUCCUGAAGGAAUAUCCUGCGGCUCGCGUCCGUCUGGAGGCAAUCGCUGUGAAGCGGCUCGAAAAGUACAAGAAGGCCCCGCUAGAGAAAGUCGCCAUGGGACGCUGCCAAUCGACACCAGGACUAGUGGAAACGCGUGGCCGAACCACCAUCGAGGACAUGUGGAUAUCUCCGACGACUGCGGUCACGACGGCCAGUUCGAUGGUUCCUACAUAUCCACUCCAGCAACAACAGCCAAUUUUAGGGGCGCCUGGGCCAACUUCAGGGACGACGACUGCGGGGGCGGCAGCGGCGGCGACGGUUUCCGGCGGCAGCCGCAUGACCAGUCCGCGAUCGCACCGUGGGCCACUCAGCGACAGCCGACAACCGCAAUCGCCCGGCUCGGUAAGUCCCAGUGUACAUAGUUCCGAGGAACGGCCCAGGAGUCGGGCGACUUCUCAUCAGUCCCGACCGCAAUCGCAGCCCAGCAGGACAGGCCCUCCCUGUGAUUCCCUCACUCACAUUGAGUCAUCGGGCGCCACGCCGCUGCUCGGAUCGCACGAAGCCCUCGAGGACGAGGUCAAACGGCUCCGGGAGCGACUGCACACGGUGGAAUCGGAAAACUUCUCCCUCAACGCCAAACUGGCCCAGCAGCAGUGGGAGGUCGAACAUCGGCUGGCCGAAAUCGAGAUGCAAAUCUGCGGCGCAUCGUCAGCCUCCAGCCAAUCCAGUCAAGAGAACGAAACCGAGGAUCUGGAACGGAACCGAGAGAGCAUCAUAUAACACGGAAGCGAGCUGCCUCAAAAAGUUGCCCUGGUGUAUGUGCGGUGCAUGACAUAGAAGAGACGACGACGACAAUUUUAGCGAGUUUCUAGUUAAUUUUCUUCUUCCGGGAAAGAUGGCGCUGGGAUCCGAUCGUGUCUUCCGAGAGGUGCGCCUGCAGUUAUGGUUUGGAAAAUUACCUACUCAUACUGACUUUCCAGGAACUAUUGGAAUGUUCGUGAGAUGAACGAAUAACAACAAUAGCAGACAUCAAACAACUACGAGAACAGUUCGGACGGGUUCGAACUACAACAUCAUUACGGGUCAUCUUUGACAAAGGCAGCUAUUCAACGAAACUCGAAAACGGAAAAGCGUCCAGCGGAUAUCUGUACAAAAAGGAGGGGUUUUGGGCGGUGAGUGUCCGCCAUUUUGUGCAAAGAAGCGUUGAGCUCCAAUACUACAAUAACCAAUAGUUCGUUACAGUGUCACUGAUUCGGGUCAUUGAUUACUAAACAUGCUCUGUAUGAUAGUCGGAUCUUUCCAUAGGUGUUUGUAGCGAUAAUGAGAAAACCAGGAAAAAAACGUAGAUACGAAACUGUUAAACAAAUUAGCCAGCCAAAUUCAAAUGAGUAGAAAAUUAAUCCGUAAUACGUGGGAGGAAACCAAAAUCGUUGUUAUCGAUCGAAGUAGAUUUUAUAUGUGAUUGCAGAUAAAAUUGAUAGAAUUAUACGAGAGGGAUCUCUUAAAACUAGCAUUAAUUUAAUGGCAAAAUACGAAACAAGAAGACAAAAAAUUGUUGAGAAUGUCCCCGAAGUGACGGUACCGGGCAGUCGAAAGAGUUUAAUUUCCUGUUACGAAAGCUCGAGAUACUAUAUCUUAGUAUAUAUUUUAAGCAAAUUUGUUACGUAUUUAAGAAUGCGGUACCAGUCUCGAUGAUCGAUCAGCUCGGGAAUCAUUCGCUCAACGGUUGAAAUCGCCGCUCUUCCAUCGUCAAUCGAUUACGAUUCGGAGCGGUAUUUGUGAAUAUUUCACUGUAAUGAUAAACAUUAAAAAUAAUAACAGGUUUUAAUUGCCAAAGCAUAAAGAAGAAUAUCAUACGCAAAGGAAAACGAAAAGCCAUCGAAAAUGAAAAUCACCAAUUAAUUCGUUCCAUUGAUGCAACCAUACAUAAAUGCCCUAUUUUUUAAAUAGUUCGAUAUCUAUGAAAGUACUGUUAUAUGAGGAAGAAAAAAUCACAUUUUAUUCAUUUUACUAUACUCUAUAAAUAUAAACUCACUGCGAAUAUUGAUCAAGAAUUGUUCUAUUAUUCCUAAUUACAAAAAAAAAACGAAAAAUCACUAAAUUAAAGUUGUUUGUUAAAGAAAUGAAAAUACUAAUACUGAACGAAAAAAAAAACACACACACUAACACAUACUCACUUUCAGCUAGCAUUCGUAAGCCCUUCAUUCGACUUUUAUUCAGAUAACAAAUGAAAAUCUACCAUUAUGUUGGUCAUUUGAAAACCAUUCCAACAACCAACAAAACAAAACAAAAACAACAACAGCGAAAAAGUAUCAAACUGUGGCAAUUUUUAAAUUCAUAAACCUAUAUGAAAUCACCUGACCAUCGAAAAAACCUCCAAUGGAGGUCAUUCGAAUCGGGUGAAAAAAAAACAGCUCGAAUUGCAUUUCGACAAAAUGCAUUUUUCGACACAAAAAAAACUAUUGUAAAUAAUAACCAAGUGAUGAUAGGAAAACAACAAUUAAUGACAGGUUAAACCUAAAUUUUCUUUCUUAAGGGGGGGGGUAGGGUCUAACACUUUAAAAAAAUCGAUUUUUUUAUUUUUUUAUUUUCUUAUUGUAAAACAUUUCAAGAAUGUUGUGUCAAAUUUUCAAGUCAAUUGAAGCAAAACUGUAGAAGUUAUAGGCCUUUAUCUCCUCCUAUCUAAUACUGCAAGAAAGCAAGAGCAGAAACUUCAAACGCGUUUUUCUCGAAAGCACAUUUUUAAAGUCCGUGGACAUCGUCAUUUGAAAACUACUUAUUCGAUUCUUUUCAAAUUUGGAACAUAUUUUCUACAUAUAAAAUACCAGACCCCAACGUUUUUCUUUUUUGAUUUUUUUACUUUGGGGAGAUUUUAGAGGUGAAAAAUGGCGGAUUUUUUAGUGAAAAAUCGUAGUUUUUACUUCAAACAGCCACAAAAAUUUCAUAAAAAUAUUUUUAAGUUAAAUAAAAACGUUGGGGUCCAGAAAAACAUCUAUUAAAAAUGUUUUGCUCUGAUUUUUUGACUUCAGAUGAUUCUGUGCUGAGAUACAGUGUCCACCGCAAAUCCUGUUUUCUAAAAGGCAUCCUCGAAAAUGCUCCGUCACCGGUCCAUUUUUCAAUAUUUUUCUACGAAAAAAUUACUAAAAGUUCUUUUAACAAUGCUUUGUAUAAUGCACAAAAUUUGAAUACAUUUGUUUGAACGAUAGCUCUAGAAAAAAAUCGUGAAAAUGGUGUUUUUUUAUACCCGUUAGACCCUAGGGGAGAUGAGGGCAUAAUGAGCACCCGAGGCAUAAUGAGAAGUCCAUUUUUCUACAUAAGUACGUAUUUUCUUAAACAAAUUUUCAUGAGGACUUGUUUCGUACUACCUAUAGUAUUAAUUUUUCACCGAAAAAGAAAUAUCCUUUUCAUAUUUACAGAAAUAUUGAAUAAUAACCAGCUAGGUUCUCAAGUGACGAAAAUAUUAUAAUUUUUGAGCACCACCAAAUAAGCUUUUAUGACCUUUAAAUCAUCUUGAUCUGAAAUGUAUGCACUGCAACAUGAUCUACACAUUGUUUCUAAAUUUUCAGCAUCAUAAAAUUUUUGAUUUUUCACUUUAAUCAAUUUUAAAACGCGUUUUUACUUUAAUUUGUUCACUAGAGGCGAACAGAGCACUUUCAAUGAAGGCAUAUUGAGCAUUUUCUGCCGGAGAAUCUAGCAGCGAAUUCAACUCGAUGAAGUCAACUGAAUAAUAGAGCUACAGCUUAACUUGUAUCGUCUGACGAUUUGGCCUAUUGGUUAGAUGUCGGAGAGGUAAUCAGUAGACUCGAGUUCGAUUCCUGUCCGAGGGGAUUUUUUUUUGCACAUACCAUUCAUGAUUGAUUUUUUUUAUUGUUACAUUAUACGGCUAAUAGCAUCAAAGCAUCACCCUCAAACAAAACACCAGAAACAUAAUGUAUGAACAUGUGUUAAUUCUUUGAAUUCUACAAACAGACCUAGAUUAUUUUGUUUUUGCUUUGUUUGAUGAAUCUACGCCUCACCGUUUAGUGCAAUCAUGAUCAUAAAUGAUAAAUGAAGAAAAAAAAAAUCACCUCCACCAGGAAUCGAACUCGAGCCUACUGAUUAUCUCUCCGACAUCUAACCAAUAGGCCAAAUCGUCAGACGAUACAAGUUGAGCUGUAGCUCUAUUACUCAAUUGCCUUCAUCGAGUCGAAUUCGCUGCUAGAUUCCCCGGCAGAAAAUGCUCAUUAUGCCUUCAUUAAUGGUGCUCAUACUGCCUCGGGGGGUUUCUCAUUAUGCCUCUACAGUGACUGGUUUUCAGCUUUCGGCAAAAUUUUUUAAAAUGCAUUUUUAAACGUUUUUAUCUACUUUUUCAAGUUUCAUUCAAUUAGACAAUAGACUAUUUGAGUGUCGGAACACGAAACAAUGAUGUAAUUCACAUAUUACAGCUGUUCUCUAUGGUUAAAUAAGCAUUUUCCUUAAGGUGCCCAUUAUGCCCUCAUCUCCCCUACCCCCCCCUUAAGUUGUUGUUUGAAAAGAGGAAAGCUUGUAAAGCUUUUUUUGUUUUCAUUAUUCAUUAAUAUCUAUAUUAUCGUUUUAUGUUUAUAUUUUUCUUAGUUGCACAGGUGCUUAUUCGAUUGUAAUUAUAAUGAUUAGGAAACUAUUGUUAAAAGUAUGAAAGCAAUGCUUUGAUACGUACUUGUAAAAAAACAAAAUCAACACCUCGUCGUCAACGGAGGUAGCCUGUAUAAAGGUGCACAAAUGAGAUUCUAAAUAGUUAGAUGAUGAGAGGGUAAAUUCGUAAAUCCAUACAGAAAGGAGAAUUUUUGCAAAAGUUGCUCAAUGAUAUUCUCUACGGUUGUCAUAAUCUGUUCAUUUUUUUUUUUCAUUUCCGAAGAAAGUAUCCAAUGUUCAUAAGAUUUUUCCAAAAGGUUUUUUUUUUCUUUCGUGUAACUUCAACUACUCAAAAUUCUAUUGAAAACAUUUCAAUUUUGAGAAUUUGUUCAAUACACGAGGCACUCUUGCUUUCAAUCAGUUAAUUAUUUUUCUUAGAAACUCACGUGUUCGAUUUUCGUUAAAAAUUAGUUUUAUUUAUAUAAUUUAUGAAAUGACAUGAAUGUUUUUUUUAAAGUUGAAGCUUAUAUGUACAUACCUUAGACUGAGUCUAUCUGGGGUAAGUUUUGAAUUUCUCAAACCCUUUGGUCUAAAAAGCUUCAUUUUGGUUUACAACUCAUCCAUGAUUUCUUGCAGAGUUUUUAAAUAACGUUUACAUGAGUAAAUUUUAACUUUAGAAUUGUAUGAGAAAAUUGAAUAUUUUGUACUGAAAAAUCAACAUUAUUCGAUGCCGUAAAAAACUAUUCCAGUAUGACGGAUUGACUUAAUAAUAUAACCUACAAACUUUCUAUUACUUUUAUUAUCCUACAGAUACCUACACUGUUGUUGUAAAAAUAUUUUUCGGACAAUCACCAAUCUUUUUUUUUUUUGAAUAAAUAUUUUUAUUAUUCAGUGACCAGUCUGGGCUAAACUGCUUAAAAAUCCAAAUCAAAGAUCCACCUUUUAAAUUUCGUUUUUAUAUGUUGGAAUAUGAUUGUUUUGCAUCAUGCGUUUGAUAAUUUCAAAAUUUCAUUCAUCUAAACAUUCAUUUUUAAUGAUUUCAUUCAGGUAGUCAAUUUUUUUGUGGUAAUUUUUCCCCUAAAUGUAUGCAAUUUAAUAACAAUAAUAUUAACGGUGCUUUUUCUUUAAAACAUUUUUGACAGAAAAAAUGUUAAAUGUUAUUCGAACAAAAUGAAAAAUUACUACAAUUGGUGCUUUAUGCAUUAUGAGUUUAAUGCAACUUACACCUUUUUCUUUGUAGGGUGAAAAUCACAUGUUUUUGUAAAUUUAAAAAUGACUGGUGAAACCAAUAACUUUUCUGACGACGUCAAUUGAUUUCCCAUCAACCUUAAAACUUUUAAUGUGCAAGUGGAUGCAUGAUUACCUCUGGACAUUAAGUUUUUAGAAGCCAUUGAAGUUGAAAAGUGUUGUAUGAUGCCUCAGUUCACGGUAAUCUUGAAAUGUUCUUAUUUAAAAGGACAUCACUUUCGCCGAAAAGGCCGAUAAAUUGAUUAACAAACAUAACUUACUAUGAUUAAAAUUAUCACAUGAUUGUGGUGUUUGUAUAAGGUAACGUUGUUUCAAAAAACCGUUUAAUUUUGGCUUAUGACCCAAGUAACCAUAAGCAUUACAGACUAGCUCCAAUUCUGCUCUAACGUCAGCUAAAGAGCUUGAUUCUGUGCAUCAUACUAGCUCUGUGAGCCAUGUUUGGAAAAAUUAACUGCUAAUUCAGUGCAGAAACUGGUAUAACACUAUAAAAACACUAUAUUAGCAUUGGUUGAUGCUAAAGUGUCGGCGGGCAAAAUGCGGGGAGAAUGCAAAUGGCGUUCAAUUGAGGUAUGAUCAUGCGGGAAAAAUUGAAUCUCGGAUGAUUCACUCACUUCGAAAUUCUGCAUUUCGUUUAGAAGUCUUUAAAAAAUAUUUAAAACUUUUCUUUUUGUUAAUUGCAAAAUGCUUUGAAUUUUGAAAUGAAAAAUUACCCGCUAAGUACGCUCGAUUUUCAUUUCAACUCGACAGCCUAUACUCCGCACGAAUUAAGUCAAGGUUUGUGUACCAGUUUUUAAAUAGCAGAUGUUGCAUUUGUAGGGGAGAGUGGGGAUACUUGAUCCCUUUUUCUUAUUUUUACCAUAUCUUUUUGGAAACAUUUAGCAACUCGCACUUUUUUACAUUUUCUGACAGCGUGUAACUUCAAGUUUCUAUGCUCCUAAAAUUAGAACGAUACUUGAACCCGUAGAUGAACUAGAAGCAUUAUCGUAGGAGUAAAAAAUGGCGAUAUUUUUGAAGUUAGGGGAGACUUGAUCCUUUAUUCAGGAAGCCCUAAUGCAUAAAAAAAAUCAAACAAAACCUCAAGAUAGAAUAUAAAUUGACUAUUUUGGUCAUGUUUGUUCUCAUUUCACAAUCUAUAAUUGUCAGAAAAAAAAAAUUCUAUAGCUUAUUCUCAACCCUUAUGACAUUGCAUACUUAUGGGCGCAAUUUUUUAUAAACAAAAGAAAAUCAAUUAUGUUAGCCGUUUUCUUCAGAUAAUUGAUGGAUGAAUAUCAGCUUUUGGAUAAAUAUUAGUAAUCUCGGUAUCAGAAAUGACCACGAUCCAUUGAGAAGAAGAAUAUACCGGGAUCAUUUGUACCCAUAUAUUAAGGAUCAAUUGUACCCAAAAUCAACAUUUUAGAAAACUUUUUCUGAAAAAAGUUGGGAGUUUUCCAUCGCUUUGAAAUUGUAUUUUGAAGUUCAUUUUACACUCGAAAGAUUGAUGUUUUUGAAUAAAUAUUUUUCUUAUAAUAUUUCCAUGUUAGGAACAUUUUAAAUUGAUGAAAAAAGAUCAUCAAGUCACAUUUUGUGAAAUUUUUCAAACAAAGUUCAAUAACCCAAAAACUUAUUUUGUUAAAAUUUUUUGAGCUUCAACCAUUGCUGUUUUGUUCCAUUUGGCACAUUUUUCUAGAACAUUUGAUCUUUGUACGACAUUCCAGUUUGGAGAUAUAGCUAAGGAAUCAAGUAUCCUCAUUCUCCCCUACUGCUUGCUAAGAUCAUGGGGAUGACAUCCCAAUCUUUUGUCAUUGAAUUUUACAACGAUCAAAUAAACCUGACUGUUGACUGUCAAGGAUCUGAAUUAAAUGUCAAAUCCUAGAGAAGGAUGUUUAAUUGCUCACUAACACAACAAUCAUUCUGGUCCAUCAUUGGUUGCAAUUUUGACUUUUUCAACUCUGUACUACUUCGAUAGGAAAACACCAUGCACGUCUAUCUCGAUGGAUAGAAAAGAAGAAACAUAUUCUUGCUUGCUAGAGGAAAGAAGUAGCCAUACCCCUGACUCACAUUCAUUUUGAGGACUGUAUCCAAAAUGCCCUAAUUCUUUUAACCAGAAUGAUUUUUCAUCAGAAUGACAAAUACAGAAAUCCAACCCCGGUAAGGACAAUUUCCCAGAAUUUUUUUACCAGAAUGUACCAUUUACCAGAAUUUUUUUCCCCAGAAGGGACUAUUUCUCAGAUUUUUUGUUCUAUUUUUUUUUUCUAAAUGAACAAAGAUUUUCUUCAAUGCGAUCGUUUUGCCAUUCUGAAAUAUUCAUGUGCAUCGUUUUUUACAAAAAUCACUGGAAAACUGUUGCGGUAAUGUUGUAUUUUUCAUUCAUUGCGUUCGAAAGCCUACAAUCUUUUCGGUGCAUAGGGUACUUGUCCGAAAAACUGCCGGAUAUCAGUCAUUUUUUAUCAGUUCAUAAGUUUUAGACCUGAUGAAGGACACAUAAAGUAAUGUCCUACUUGCUUGGUCUGAAUUAACAUUCUAAAACAGAUUAUAUUUAUGUAUAACUGAGCUUCUUGUAUUCGGAACAUUUUUUCAUUCAUCAAAUCAAUUAACAUUAUUUCAAUAUGCGUCCUUCCGACAUGUUUAGACGGUUGAAUUUCGAUUUGACAGAACUGGAAAACAAGAAAAAAACUGGCACACACGAUUUGUGAAGGAAACGUCAUUUUGUUUUCUUCGCUGUGUACUGAUUUUUGAAAAAAUCACCCGGUAUUUCUGCAGAUAAAUAAGUUUGGGAACAGCCUUUCAUAUUCCCGAGUUAAAAUAUACACCAAUUAAGAAACAUCCUCAUUGACUUGAUUAUAGACUUGAAAUUCGCUUCCAAAAAUUUUUUCACUCAAUAGAAAAACUCUAAACUAUUAUAUCGAUAAACAACCUACAAUCUAGAAAAUUGGCCCCUACGAAUGGAAAACAACAUACCAAGUUUGUAGAAUUUAGACUUGCGAUUGUCGAAAUACAGCACAUCAAAUGUUGGCAUUCUUUCGAUUCAGCAACUUGCCGUUUCUUGCAUUUUCUGACAGCGAGUUAUUACAAGUUUAUAUGCUACAAGAGUAAGAACGAUACAUGAACUCGUAAAUGAACUAGAAGCAUUUUCUUGAGACUAAAAAAAUGUGAUAUUUCUUAAGUUACAGGAGACUUGAUCCUCUGCUUGUGGAGACUUGAUCCUUAAUUCAGGGUGCCCAGACCCUAGGCAAAAAUCUAGUAAAAUCCGAAGAUAAAUAUGACUAUUUUUCGCCAAAAAGUUCUCGUUUCACAGUUUUAUGUAUCAUAAAAAGAGAAUUCCUAAAGUCUGUCUACUGCUCUAAAGAUAUUGUAUACUUUAAGGAGCAAUUUUCUAGUUUAUAGAUAAAUAUAGUAUUUUUAAUCCUUUUUAACAGAUAAUUACUGGAUUAACAUAAGUUAUUGCACAAAUAUUAGUAAGUUCAUGAUAACUAAUGAUCACGAUCCAUUCAGAAGAAAAAUAUAUCUUUUUGGACUCUAGGGAUCCAUUAUACAACAUACAUUUUGGAAAACUUCAUUUCAAUAAAAAUUGAGAGUUUGUUGUUGCUUUGAAAACAUGGCAUUACGAAUUUCAUAUUAUUUUCUAACGAUUUACAUAUUGGAACAAAUAUAUUUAUUUUUAUUUUAAAAUGUGAGAAACAUUUUAUAGUUAUAGAAAAAGAUCUUCAAAUCACAUUUUGUUUAAUUUUUUAAAUUAAGUUCAAUAACUCGAAAAAUAGAAUUUUUAAAACUUGAUAAGAGAACAGCAUUGUUGUUUUUUUUCUAUUUGGCAUAUUUUUCUAGAACAUUUAAUAUGUGGAAGACAUUCCGGAUUCGAGAUAAAGCGAUGGAAUCAAGUAUCCCCAGGGAUCAAGUAUCCUCAUUCUCCCUAAGGAUGAAGCUUAUACAUUUUCAAUAUGACUUUUAUUGGAUUGGAACUUAAAUUUGAAAACUUGAAAAGCAAAAUAAGCUUUAACCGUAAAAGUUUUAGGAAGAAGCGUCGUUUCAAUAUUUACUAUUUGGAGACGCAAAACAGGCGCAUAACUUUCUAUUCGGUUGGCGCAUUACAAGCGCAGCAGUUCAAUUGCAGGACUGAGGCACGAAUAAAGUGGUAGAUUUCCAAAGAAAACUUCCAAUUUUAGAGAAUCUGAUAUCAACCCUGGAAAACGUUUAACCGAACUUACGUUUAACCGAUUACCGAUUAACCGAUGACCGAACUUAUCCGAUUUAAAAAUUGUUCGAUUAACAAGCCAGUACUGUUAAUAUAUCACGUUGAAAUUGCUCCAAUCUUUUAGAUAAUUUAUUAAGUUCUUCUCCAUUGGAUACUUUCUUCAUUAAAAGUUAUGUUUUAAUUUAUUUAAUAAAAAUCAUUAUUUCAAAUAUGCGGUAUAGUUCAAUGCUAGGAAAUAUAUUUGCAAAGUUUGUGAAGUAAUUGACAAACCAGAAUAAUUACAAGGCCUAAAAGUAAGUAUAGAUAAAUAAAUUAGUGAAUAAUAACAAAACCAAACAAAUUAUGAUGACUCCACAUUCAAACUUAGGAUAAUCUUAAAAGAAAAAACGUGGUAAAGAGAGUCACUAAGAAUAAAUAAACCGACAGUGAGAUUAGAUCAACCCUCCUUCUAGCGUUUUUUUUGUGAAUAAGGAAAAAACAGUACAGUUCACAGCUGAAAUUGUAGGACACAAACAACAAUGUCGAAGUUUUUAAAAGGAAUGGGACCAACUUAAACAAACAAAUAUAAACAGAGAUGCUAUCAUUCGUUACGGCACAUUCUCCUUAAGGUCGAUACAAAUCUAAAAAGAAAUAAAAGCGCAACCCUGCCUUUCAGUUUUCUGCAUUGCUGGCUGACUAAAGCUCAGAGUGUAGAAAGGGCCCAAUCGAAAGCUUUUUCAUCGAAUUCUUCGCUAUAAACAAAAGCUUUACGCAGUAAAGCUCGCUAUACAUAAACAAUCUUAUCGUUUUCUUUCGUUUUAUCGUAUUUCAAAUGAAGCGCGAGGCAUGCGCAUUUGACGUUGAGCCUCGUGUUGUGAUUCGUUACAUUUAGCUACAUCAAAUCGUAAUGAUUCAAACAUUGACAUUGGUUCACAGAUUUUAAAAGGUAGUCACGACACGAUAAUUAGUUUUAAAAUUGUUAUUUCAACUUUUCUGCGCUAACAGAAUUUCUUUUAAACCACUGGAAUAUAACAGGUCACAAACAUGAUUUUCAAAACAUAGGAAUUCAUCCUCAGCUGCCAUAAUCGAAUGAAGUCAAAGAUAACAGUGUUAAUUCCAAUAACAGAAAUAGAAAAAAAUAAGAAACCAAGAAAAAAAGCCAAACCGGAAAUCCGAACAAAACGUGUAGAAACCAAACACUGUUAGGGAACAGAUCAACGCAAAUAAAAGUAUGAAAACUUAUAUUGGCAGAAGAAAUUCAGCGCGAGCCAGAUAACAGUAUUGAUAGAGCCGAAAACAGGUCACAGACGAUAAAAAGCUGAGAAAGAGCAAAACAAAAAAUAAUGAAAACAUGGGUAAAACUGGUAAUUAUUUGAUGGUAGGUGAGAAAAGUCACAUAUAGCAUUUAAAUAGACGAUUUGAAAGCAUAUAUUCGAGAGAAAGUGUGUACAGUUUUCUAGCGAGGAUAGGAAGUUUGAUAAGAAAAACAAUCAAUAUAAUUGGUUGAAGUCGUUUAGCGCAUUGCAAAUUGAAAAUUGCAAAACAAAAAUGAAAGUACCGGUGCACUAAAACACAAGGCGAUGUAUAAACUUUUGACUUUGGUGGAGGAUUGUAAACCAAUAAAAGCUUUUUGAUAGAUUUAAUAAUGUUUCUGAUUGAAACACUUUAGUCAGCCUACAUCAAGGCUUUUUUUUUUAAAUCUCAGUAAAACAAAUAUGAGUUACUGUUCGGCUGACGAAAAAGCCAAAAGUACAAAUGCUUCACAAUGGUCAAAACUCAAAACUAGCUCUUGAUCCGCCUUCAGAUGGCUAAAAAGUUUAUCAAUCACGGAUUCAACCCCCAUUCGUCCCAGAAAUUUUAACCGGUGCAGUUCCUGGAGUGUUAAUUUGACACUCCUGACUAUAUAUCGGUAUGACAACACUAGAAUCAGUUUGAAAUUAUUUUUCCGGUCAAUAUAAAUUUAUUACGAAAAUCUUCAGUGAAUAUUUUCAAAAUCGAGUGCGAAGUUCAAUUUAAGUGCAAGAAAAUCUGAGAAAUUGCAAAUUGACAAAAAGUUUGCUAAAAUGUGUCAAAAUACUUCAACUUUCCAAUCCUCUUCAAAGUUUAUCUGGUGUGACUUAAAAAAUUGUAACGGUUCAUUGAAUGAAAAGUACGGUUUAUACACUUUUUUUUACAAGAUCUCAAAUUCAAUUUAAAAAAUAUAUUUGAGUGUAAUUUAUUGCAAUCUAAUCCCAGCUUUCUUGAUAAUCUACAGCUGAUCUACAGUCGUUUUUCAAGAGCAUAUUUUUUCGGAUUUAUUUUUCUUAGACUUCGCAUAACGGAAAACUGAAGAGUUGUAAGAGGGUUAUGUCUGAAAAACAUAUUUCAGCUACAUCACGUGGUUUUCAAAACUAUAAAUUUUGUAAAAAUCGGUUGAGAACCAAAAAAGAUAUUGCGGUUAUCAGCAAGGCGAGGAGUGUCAAAUUGACACUCAAUGUCUGAUUGGGGAGUUUUUUCCUGGGCUUACAGGGUGCGUUCAUAAAAAGUAAUGAUGCAAAAUUAAAAAUUUUAAGAGUUUAUUAAGGGUUGCCGAAGAUUUUUUAUAUUUUAAUGCACCCAAAUCAAGUUACAAGCUGCCAUACUUCCAAUAGUGACAAAUUGACAAUUAAGCUAUUCUUCGUGUUUCAGUCAGUAAAUAUUCUGGUUGAUCUUCUUGGAUCUGUUUCUAAUACGUUAUUUUAUAUUCUAGUUGUUUGGUUCAAACAAUAUAAUUCAUGUCACUUUGGCGAAACAUAAAAUUAUCGAGAUUGUAUAUUUUUUAUGUCUGCAAAGAUUGUUCAUAUUAGGGUGGGCUGAAUUGAACUUUUUUCGAAUUUCAAAACGAUCCUCGUUUUUCGGUAAAAAAUAAACGACAGAGUUUAUGCAGAUUUUUAAAAUAAGAUUAAAGUAAAGAGAUAAAGGUUUUGAUUUGAAGUUUUUUUUAUGGAAAAACGCGAAAAUUUGUUCGAAGAAUGUAUUUUUUUGUAUUGAAAAUUUUGUUCAAACUCAAUGCAAAUGACAUUCCAAUUUGUAUGGAGCAUACUGCAAAAUUCUCUGGGCACAACUUUGCCGAAGACUCCAAAGCGGUAAAAGUAGGAAGAAAAUAUUUAUUGUACGUUAUAGCAUUCCAGAGAUUUUUUUUAAUGAAAAGAAUACAGCAAAACUGCCAGAUUUUCCAUCUUAUUUUAAAAAAUAUCAUUUCAAUUAUGAACAUAUUGUUUCUGGAAUUCUGAAAUGUUCUGAUGAAAUGUAAUAAAUCAAAUUCUCUACCAUUUACUAGAAAAAAAUUAGAGUUACCAAUAUGAAGAGUCACCAAAUGCAAUGAUUUUGCAAAAAUUAAACUUAAAUCAGGUUGAAUGGCAUUUUUACUUCACAUUUUAACUGUCCACCCUGACUGACAGCUCAAAUAAAUCCAUGUUUUUUUUAAAAAAAAAACAAACUUUGUCUGAGGCCUCCGACUCCAUCUUAAACAUGCGCUCGAUUCCUUAGCUCUGAAAUGGGCAGUUUGAUACUUCCAUUUUUCUGACGUUUUUUUUUCCAAAAAUGGAAACUUAUCAGGCUACAGGCGUUUUAAAAAUCGAAAAAAGUUUUAAUAUAACCCACCAUAUAGUGCAUAUGCUUGUGUGGUACAUACCAGUUAAGAGGAAGGAAGAAUAAGAUCAAUGAAUUAGAAAUCCGACCAAAAUGCUACAAGUUUCGGCUUAUAUCCGUUGAAUCAUUCGGUAUUUUAAGUUAAAUUUGGUAUGUAUUUAGCCUAAUAGUUCAAGUUUUUUCUUGGAUAACUUAAAAUACAUCAAUUAAACUAUGUAUUGGAAUAAAUUUAGAGAAAACGUUCGAAAUCACUAAUCAAAUUCCUCCAAAAACGUGGUUUUCACGAUACACUUGGAAGGAGUUUCUCUAUCACGGACAUCUCGUUGGUUGAACAUGCAAGGUGCGACCAAGAAAGGGAUUCUUGUAACAGUUGAACAAAUUUAUAAAAGUGAACUGUGACUAUUAGUGACAAGCCGUGUUUCAGCAAGAUGGCCAACAAACAGGGUUCCAGCAAGGCGGCUGACAGAAAGCCGGGUUUUAGCCAUUCGGGUCCAAACCGGCCGGGUUCCAGCCAUCCGGGGUCCAGCCAGCCGAUGUAAUCGAUGGCAUCCCGCAAGUUGUUCGAGAGGGUGCUUUUUGGGGAAACCGACGAUAUGGAUACCCGAUCAGGAGAGCGUAUCAAAAUAAUAACUCAAACGUAUCUCACCAAGAUAUUAACAUAUGAUUUAGUUAUAAUUAAGUACUGCAAAUUUUCGAUUUUAAGUUUCUCCAAUUUGAAUUAUAUCUUAUUCUGAUUGACAAACUUGAAUGGGGUUGCCCGAUCAGGAGAGCAUAUCAAAAUAAUAACUCAAACGUAUCUCACCAAGAUAUUUACAUCUGAUUCAGUUAUAAUUAAGUACUCCAAAUUUUCGAUUUUAAGUUUCUCCAAUCUUAAUUAUAUCUUAUUCUGAUUGACAAACUUGAAUGGGGUUACCCGAUCAGGAGGGAAAAACAAAAUUAUAUCAAAAUGAGAUAUUUUGAUACUAAUUUUUUUUCUAUCUAAAUGAGCUAUAAUUCAGUACUCGUAGGAUGUUAAAAUAUCUCAAAUUAUAUCAAAAAAUCUAUGCAAUCAUAGCUAAAUUAUAUCUAUUUUAGAUAUGCUCCUUUCAAGAUUAUAUCUCAUUCAGAUAGCAUAGUUUGAUAUUGGGCAGAACAAAACCUGUCAAAAUUAUAACUUAUAAAGAUAUGAGUGCUUCGAGAAAAAUUUCUAAUGGAAUGUCAAUAAACCACAUAAUAUGCUAAAACCAUGCUCUAUUUUUGGUUUCCCAAAUCUUGGAUCAAAUUUUAUGGAUCUGUUGAGCGAAACUCAUUGAUGUGGGGUUUGGGCCGUUGACUUCGAUGUCCGUGUUUCAGAAAAAGUUGCACGUAUAUCAAAAUAAGAUAUAAUCAUUUCAUUUUAGGACAAUCCGAAAAAAUCUUUAUCAUUGAUAAUGAACUCAACCCCAUUCAAGUCUGUCAAUGAGAAUAAGAUAUAAUUCAGAUUGGAGAAACUUAAAAUCGAAAAUUUGGAGUAAUUAAUUAUAACUGAAUCAGAUAUAAAUAUCUUGGUGAGAUACGUUUGAGUUAUUAUUUUGAUAUGCUCUCCUGAUCGGGAUAUUCAAUGAUCAAGUUUUUUUUUUUCGGAUUGUCCUAAAAUAAAAUGAUUAUAUCUUAUUUUGAUAUACGUACAACUUUUUCUGAAACACGGACAUCGAAGUCAACGGCUCAAACCUUACAUUAACGAGUUUCUCUCAACAGAUUCAUAAAAUUGAAUCAAAAUUUUGGGAAACCAUAAAUGGGGCAUGGUUUUAUCAAAUAAUGUGGUUUAUUGACCUUCCACUAGAAAAUUUUCUCGAAGCACUCAUAUCUUGAUAAGUUAUAAUUUUGAUAUAAUUUGUUCUGUCCAAUAUCAAACUAUGCUAUCUAAACCAGAUAUAAUCUUGAUAGUAGCAUAUCAAAAACUGAUAGAAUUUAGCUAUGAUUGUAUAGAUUUUUUGAUAUAAUUUGAGAUAUUUUAACAUCCUACGAGUACUGAAUUAUAACUCAUUUAGAUAAUAAAAAAUAAGUAUCAAAAUAUCUCAUUUUGAUAUAAUUUUGUUUUUCCCUCCUGAUCGGGUAUUGAAGACGGCUCUGGUUACAACAUUGGCGUAGCCGGUGGUAAAGACAAUGCUCCUGUAAGGUUAAGUAUUCUAUGACAAUGCAAAGAAGAAACGAUUGAGAAUUCAUAAAAAAAGAAAGAGAGGUAAAAAAAAUAAUACAAAAGAAAAGUGAAAACUGCAUUGCUUGAAUGGUAUGAAAAAAUAGACUCAUUAAAAGUACUAGUGAAAAAAAAUGUGAUAAAUAAACCAAAAUAUUUUAUAACUCAGUACGUAAAUGGAAUGUAAGUAUGGUAAAAAAAAACAAAAGAAAAGAAGGUUUAUUAAGUUCUCAUUGCCUUGUACAUCAGUUCUUAAGCAGACAAUAAACAAACAAAAAUAUCGUUUCCAGUUAACCUAAAUGGAAAAGUUCAGUGUCCAAAGAACUUCAAAGGAUUUGUGAUGAAAAUAAAAAAUGCGGAUUGAGCUUGAGAAGGCAUAGAAAUCAAAUCAAGAGCGACUUCAAGUCACCGGAAAAUUUCAACUAGUUCCGAAGAAUCACGGGUUUCAUCAACUAUAAAUAAAUUUUCCUUUGCGUCUCCAAAUAUUCCGGAGUGCAAAGUUUCAAUGGAUGAUGAGGGCAUCAACAUACACGAUUUCUUAAGGUGGUCCAAACUUCUUGAGGAUUCUCUUGGUCCAUCGGGAGUUAUGGAUGAGGUUACAAAAUUUACGAUUUUACGAAUUAAAGCCGGGAAUCGUUUAUUAGAAAUAUUAAGCAACACAAAAUGUAGUCCAAACUCUCCAGACAAAGUGAUGUGUCCUUUUUCAAAUGUUAUGGAUAGGCUGAACACAUAUUUUUCAACUAGUUCUGACAAAGCACUUCUUUGUAAGAAGUUAUCUUUAAUUACGCAUCAACCGGAUGAAACUGAUGUGAAAUAUGUUAUGAGAAUUGCGGCAGCAACUCAUCUCUGCGAAUUUGAAGAAUAAAAGGAGUUCGAUGAAAUAUACGAGGUCAUUGCCCGACACGCUAUUCGAAAGGGAGUGCGCUCAACUGCUCUCUAAUUGCAGUUCCACAAGAGUUCGUUUCAGGAACUUAUUAGCAAAAUACGACAGUUAGAGAUGAUAAGACUGAACGAGGAGCAUGUUGGACGGAAACAUAAGCAAACAGCGACAUUGACCCAAGUACAAGCACCAUCAGAAAUAGAUGUUUGUGCUUCCACUAAAGUGUCUCGUCCAUACAAAAGUUCAAACGGAAUUCGCUCGGGUCGAGCUCAAUUCGGUAAUCCUUAUAGAGGAGCUUUUCAACAGAAUCUUCGAUCAUCCGGGAAUGUGUAUAAACAAGGCACACAAUUUCGUCUACAAUAUACUUCGAUGGAAUUUUUAUGAAGGUUGCUUUCGCUGUGGGAGUGUUUACCACCGAGCUCAAACUUGCCCAGCUCGGAACGAAAUUUGCUCUGAAGUAAGCAACUAGCUAUUGAACCUCCACCUGUAAAAAAAAUGCUCCAAUGUUGAGAAAAAGGAAGACAUCUAAAAGAUUACCGAUAUAGUAAUCCUGAUGCUGAAAUAAAAUUCAAAAUUGAUUUUCUUUGUAUUAAUAAUUAACGAAAAACUUUGGCACAAACUCAUUUGUUAUUGCUAAACACGUAUUCCGCCUUUUGAAAUACACUUCUUAAUAUCUUUAUAGGAAAAACGCCUUCAAGUAGGCAACAAAUUCCAUUUAUUGCAAGACAUCGCAGUAAAUAAGGCGGCAGAUGAUUUCUACGAAUCAAAUCUAGGUGCAAUCUUGAUGGUGGUUUUAACAUGAAAAAGGACGGAAUUUAAUAUAACUAUACAUGUUUAUCGUAAUUUAGAAGCAUCAAUAAAAAGAAAGAUAUUUAGCUUUGAUAUUCUUUUUUGCUCAAUAUUUAACAGCAUUCUAAAUUUGAGGGUAAAACACGUGGCCUGGCUUGCAUCCUGUCCAAAUAUUGAUUUGAUUGUUUUAGGUUAAAAUUUUUGAAAAUUAAAUGAAAUGUUAGAAAAUAUUUAUAGUCAUGCGAAGGGGUGAUUGGAAAAAAGAAAAGCUGAAAUUUCAUUAGUCUGCGCUCUCUGGUUCGCAAAUAAAACCUAAAGUGUUAAUGAUUAAAAAUUACAAGUUUCACGCAGAUUCGAAUUAUUCUUCAGUUUGUGGGAAUUUAAGUCGUUUUAAUAAAAUUUUCAACUAUGAAAUGAUAGAGAAGCUUAGUUGCCGUAACUAGAAUGAAGAAAAACAUCAUUCGUAGCCAUAAGUCGGCGUAUUUUUGGAAAAUAAUGGCAUGGGCCAUCUUACUCCGCUGAUGCGCCUUGUACAGUUUUCCCCUACGAAAAAAUUUACACAGUCCCAUCAUUGAUCUGAAGUAGGUUUUGUGAAGGCUACCAUUUAAGUCAUAUUCAUACAACUAAGUUUAAAAAAAGCCUGAAUUUCCUUCUAUUCUGCUCAAGUGGCUUUUAAUUCAGCUUCCAAAAGUCGUAGAAUGAACAGAAAAAUUCUCUCUUAAUUUCAAUUUUAACCCUAGGCGUCAGUUCAUAUCACCUUCUCUUACUUAUUUACUAUGUUCAGUACAUGGUGCCGCCAUGAUGACACGUGCCGGCUUUCCAACUCGCCAAAUUGCUUCGUUGAAUUUGCUGUUCGAUUACUUCUUUCUUACAUUAUACAUAUAACGCAUAGGAAUGGAACCCCGAGAAUUCAAAUUACUUAUUGAAAAACAUAUUGUCAGCCUUAGGGGUCGAACCCCGACCUUCGCGGUGACAAUCGACACAAGGCAACAACUAGAUGUUGUUCUAGCUGCAACUAAAACUCGAAGUGACUAUAUGAUUUUGUAGCAUACCUGCAGGCGCAUUCGCCCAAUCAGACAGCAAGGAAGAAAUCUCCUCAAUGCACUUUUUGUAAUUUAGUAAAUCCCGUUUUGAAAACUUUUAUGCCCUUUUUUUUUAUUUUAAGUCGCCAAAAACGUAGGGUCAAGUGGGGUAAUUAUGAACACGGGGUAAUUCCGAACAAGUGCCAUACGCGCUGCUGUGGGGGAUGAAUUAAAACAAAAAGUUCCAAAAGUGGUAGUUUAACAUAAAAUUGAUAGUUAUAAGCUGUUUCCGAUCUAUUUUCAAAUCCUUAUGAUAUCAUUUCAGAGGUUUUAAAAAACCAUUACCUCGAGAAACGGAAAUCGUUUUCGACAAUGUUCAAUGUUUUGAAUAUCUGAUCUUGGGAUAUCCAGCUGGAAUGUUGUUAUCACCUGUUUUACAUCCAGUUUAUGAUGCUUUAUCUUGAUUUUGAAAAUUUUUUGAAAAAUUUUAUUCGCACUGGUGCACAGAUGAGUGUUCAUAUUUACCCCAUAGUUUUCGUCCUAUGGGGUAAUUAUGAACACACAUUUCCUGACAUUUCUUUGGCUUUUUGAUGGUCAAAUGUUUUAUUCAUCAACUUAGGGGGCCAUUCAUUUGUUACCCAAGCAUUUCCAGACCCCCUCCCCCACCUCCCCUUGUAAGAAAUAUCUCACAAAAAUACUCCCCCCCCCCUUCUGUAAGAUCUUAACACAGGACCGUGAAGAAAUCUUAGUCAAGAAAAAUCAACACUCGGCAUUCUAUAUCCCAAGAACUUACUGGACCAAAUUUCAUAAAUUUCUUAAUUAAAUUAAGUCAGCAAUGUGUUAAGUUUUGAAUUUUUGAGAAAUUGAUUUUUUUUUCUUCCAAAAACGAGAUUCGGAUUUAGAAAAAAAAAGAAGCUAUGCCAGACUUUUUCAGUCUUUGAAAAAAUGUUUUGCACACAAUUUUAUCAAAACUUAAUAAAACUUAAGUUUAUAAAACAGAAAUUUUGAAAAAAAAAACUAAAUCAGCAUCUAAACGAGUCUUAAUUUUGUUUAAAAAAAUAGUGGUAAGAACUUGCUGUUUUGUUGAUAGAAAAAAAUGCAGUCAAAUGUUUUCUCAGGUUUAGUGAGUGGUGCGUACGGAUAGUAAUACCGAAACCGAAAACCUGUAUCCCAGGAAUAGUUUUCUAACACCGAAUAAAGGUUUAAAGUCCUACCAAAACCAGUUUUAUUGUAUUGAUAAAUAACAAGGUUAUAAACUAGACUUGGAGAAAUUUUUUAUUAUACUAAAAAUAAAAUUCACCAUUUUUUAACAAAAGGUUUGCUGCUCGAGCUUUUAUAUAUUACCGCGUGAAAUUUAACAUUAUUAUGGACCUUAAAUCUCUGUGGUCAACAGUAAAAUAUAUGAAAAACCACGAUAAAUUUAAUAGAUGAAUAAGUCCACAAAACAAAGAUCAAAAAGAUAAAUUUUCUUGUAUGUUUGGACAACGUGCUGCUAUUGAGAGCAUUAGAAUUACAGCAAAGAAUAAUUGUUUAUGAGUUACAUUCGGAUAACAAAGAUCCAAAAUCUAUUUUCUUGCAGUCUUAUUUUUAUACUUAGUUACUUUUUAGUUUUUUCAAUCUUUAUUUGUUCGAAAACAUUUUUCUAAAAUUUAGAACAAAAUGAAAAUCUUUUGUUUGAAGAUUUUCUCAUUCAGUUUGGAGAUGAAAACUUCUGUAGUAAUAAUUUUGUUUUGAGAAAAUAGAGCUACUAAUGUGAUAUUUCGUACAGGUGAUAAAAAAAUUAAUUAGUGUAAAUAUUUUUAAAAACAGAUCAUAUAGAAUUGACAAGCCUUGCAAAAUAUGACUGUUCACUGAUCCAAGAAGAUUUUGAUGGGUGUUUUUGUGAAACAACCAUCUUUCAAAAAAAUUAGAAUUUUCUGUAUAUGUAUAGGCUUUAAUUUCAUGAUAUCUCGCACGUACGUGAAAAGCAGCACCUUCGACAUUUAGGUGAAAACUUGAUGUUUGCUGCGUAGGACAUUUAAAACGGAUGUAAAAACUAUCGAGUAGCCUAACUCGCCAAAAAUUUCACACGUAUGGAGAGGUCAAAUCAAAUAAAAAUGAUCUGCAACGACAUAAAGAUAUGAAAGAAAAAGAAACCAACCAAAACGUAAAAGAUGCAACAAAAAAUUUAACUACCGAAACAAAAGAUAGAAAAAAUCAAUACAAAAGAACACUAAAUAGCUAUUUUUGCGUUGUUUUACCUCCAAAUUUUGAUUGCAUUUCUUUAACUUAUAAGUUUUAUACAUGAAUUGAAUUGAGUUUUUAUAAAACAAUCCAUUUUCUUAUUACUGCUAAUUAUUUUCAUUAUUUGGUGUUGAAUUGAGAUUUUCUGAUACCAUAUAAAUCAUAUUGGACAAGUCUCGGGGUAAAUAUGAACAGCGUUCGGGGUAAUUAUGAACAGGUUUUGGGGUAAUUAUGAACAUAAUUUUUUAAGUAAAAAAUCACCAUACACUGCUUACUAUGUGUAAAUGUAACGUAUAAAUACUGUUACUUCUCAAAAAUUUUAUACCAAGUCCGUAAUCCGUGUUCAUAAUUACCCCCUAGACAGGGGGGUAAAUAUGAACAGACGGGGUAAUUAUGAACAGACGUCUCAAGGACGUGGGUUGCGACCAAGAAAAAAAAGUUGCUCUACAGAUUGAUGAAGAGCACGGAAACAUUCAAUAUUGGCAGGUUUUCAGAAUUUAUGAUAAGAAAUAAACAUAUGGUGGCUGUGAGUGUGCCAAAUGAAGAAAUUUUGUUCAUAAUUACCCCACCUAGCCCUACAUAUAAAUAACAUUUGCAACUUUCAAGUUCAUCAACUAGAACAUAAAUUCACUUAAGAAGGAAAUUCGGCAGUUGUUCCUAUUUUUCAGCCAAUAUUGACUUCCAAUGCCUUGAUUCUAGUUAUAUGUGUUUUUUGAUUGUUUGGGUUGAGAUACUUGAAAUGGUUUCUGAAUGAUUUCUCAUAUUUAAAAAAAAGGGUGAUCAAAUUGAUCGUGAAUUGACAACGGUUAUUGCAUUUCAAUAACAAAAUGAACCAAUUCGAUAGUGAAUUCAAAAAAUUUGAAUAAAAAAUCUUGUGUUAGUCCCGAAUUUUAAUGUAUCUAGCUUUUUUUUAUCAAUAACAAAACUGGAUAUUUCGGUUUUGUUUAAGGAUAAUUUCAACGUAUAGCAACGAAUAAUCGUUGUCGUUGAUCAUAGUUUAGAAACUAUUCCCAAAUCUCAUGUCAGUCUUGAGUUGUCAGAGAAUUCAUACUUAAAUAGAUUAUAUUUGAAAAUGUUUGAGCCUAAAAUAUUAAAUCACUUUAGGCGUUGUUAUGCUGUUUUUCAUUGACGUUGGUGUGAAUGUCGCCUACGACUAUGUAUUCAUCUGAUUUGUUUGUAAAUAAUGCACAUUUUAUUCGUUUCAUUCUGAAGAUUUGAAAGUUCCAAAUUGGAACUGGGUUUUAUUCAUGAUAUUCUAAGAAUUGGGAUACAUACAAAAUUUUAAAAGUUUCCUGGGUUUGCCUGGGAUUGAAUACUUCCGAAAUUAUCAAAGUUCUAAAAAGGUGGAGUCGAGUUAAUGAAGCAAUAUUUGUGGUCGUUAUUUUUCUGGUGACUGGUCUUUUUCGAGAAUAGAUGAAUUCUUGAAAAAAAAAUAAUCAAACUCGUUUGCAUGAGUAAGUAAGCACUUUAGAGCACCUUAACCAAUCCAAAAGACUACCCUUACCAUCAAAGUCGAAAGUUCAUUUUCGCUACGUGUUUUAAGGUGCAAUUUGGAAUAUGAUGAUGUUGUCAGUAAUUCGACAUACAUAAAAUAAAAAAAUAACUAAAGAAACGAACACAACACACGUAAGCUCUCGCGAUAAACUAACAAACGUCUUCAAAUCGCAUAACGUUCAAGUGGUUUAGUAAAACUAACUUCGUGUGAGAAAUAGGGAAAAAUCCAUCGCAGAUACAAAAAUUAAAGAUGUACUAAACUGAAAGUGAGAUUAGAGUUUUACCACUAGAAGACAUAUACCGGUAAAGCAAAACGCAAACGAAAGUUGAAUUCACGUCUAACGAAAUAAUCCGAAGAAAAAAAAACAAGACCCAAUUAUUUCAACUAGAAGAGUUUUAACUUAUUUUUUAUUGAAUGAAAAAAAAAAUACACAAAGACAUACUGCCAAAUUUUUAGAUACAAGUUUAACAGGUAAACAAGCAUGUGGAACAAGGAUUGAAACAACUCAGAAACAAAUACACAAAAAAAAAACAAAAAAAGCAUAAAGAUAAAACGUGCCACCGGAAGCUGGAACUCAAUGGAGCCGGAAAAGGCAAAUGCGACAGGGGAGAAAGUUUUGUAAAAAUUUGCACGAAAUACAAAUCUUCAUCGGGUUGACAAGAAAAAAAAAGUCGUGCAAGAAGCUGCCAACACUAAUUUCGAAUUUCAAACUCAUAUCGGAAGGCGAGAUGCGAUGGCAUUUUUAAUUUGUGAUAACUAUCUGUAAAUAAUGAAUGAAAGCAAAAAAAAAACCUUGUAAUUGUCUGUACAGAAGCGAAAUGCCAAAAUGAUUUAAGUAAGUAAAAAGAACAAACGUGUCAAGUUUAUUAAAUUUAUUAAACAUUUAUUAAAUUUA